CGCGGGUGUAUCAACUCGAAACGUCAAGGAUGGAAUAAUCUGAAAAGCACAGCAAAGGGCGAAUGUGUGGCGUUUUUUGAAGCAGCUAGUGCAGAAAAAACACGGUCCCGUACUAAAUUUACUGAUAAAAGAGUGUGUAACUUGCGUGUGGUAAUCGUAAUUGCGUGGAGAAUAUGCGAAUAAAUUUGCCAUCGUCAGCAACGAACGAAUUCGAGUUAGGCUGUGAAUAGGAAGAAAAAAUCCCAUUGUGUUGUGCAGACAAGUUAAGAGCGCUUCAUUUUGUUAUAUUAUUUUUUCAUCUAUUAAAAACUGGCUCUUUCAUCGCCAAUCUUUAUCGUCUGCAAGUUUAGUGGAAUAGCCAUCCAAGCUGGAACGGCAAAAAGAAUCUAGAUCCACUUCCACAGAAGCCCGCAAGCUCGGAUCAGAAGGUACAAUCUCCGCUGAAUCCGAAUCUGGUACGGGGGGAGCAGCAGCAUCAGCGGCUGGUUCGACAGUGGAAGUGUCCGAAAGCAAGAAAAAAAUGAAUGGUCUAAGUUUCAGUGAGUUGUGUUGUUUGUUUUGCUGUCCCCCAUGCCCGGGACGGAUCGCAUCCAAGCUGGCAUUUCUGCCACCGGAACCAAGUUACGACCUGAAGGCGGACGAAGCGGCCAAUAGCAAGUUUACGCUAAAUCUGCUAGACCGAGCAGACUGGCAGUACGGAAAUCGGGAGAUGGAAUGUUUCGAGGCAUUUUACGCGAGGUCCUCCAAAGGAAAUCGAAUUUCCUGCCUAUUUGUCAAGUGCAGUGCGAAUGCUAGAUUUACGCUACUCUUCUCCCACGGCAAUGCCGUCGAUCUGGGACAAAUGACGAGCUUCUUUAUCGGGUUAGGCCAACGGAUAAACUGCAAUAUAUUUAGUUAUGACUACUCUGGGUACGGCAUGAGUACCGGAAAACCAACGGAGAAGAAUCUAUACGCAGACAUUGACGCUGCCUGGCAUGCCCUGCGGACCCGGUAUGGCAUUAGUCCGGAAAAUAUAAUCCUAUACGGACAGAGUAUAGGAACGGUACCGACGGUGGACUUGGCCAGCCGGUAUGAAGUAGGAGCGGUGAUUCUGCACUCACCCCUGAUGUCCGGCAUGCGGGUGGCAUUCCCAGCGACCAAGCGGACCUGGUUCUUUGACGCUUUUCCUAGCAUUGACAAAGUGCCCAAGGUAACCUCACCAGUUCUGGUGAUACAUGGAACCGAAGAUGAGGUGAUUGAUUUUUCUCAUGGAAUGACGAUUUAUGAAAAGUGUCCCAGGGCGGUGGAACCGCUGUGGGUCGAAGGUGCUGGACACAACGACGUCGAAAUGUACGAGCAGUAUUUGGAGCGACUGAAGCAAUUUGUGUCGGUGGAGUUGGUCAACUGACAAAAACUGAACAAGGGUGGUGGUGGUGGCAUUGCGGACGGCGGAGCUAGUGUAAGUGGUGACAGUGGCCGGAACAAACGAAGCACAGAAAAAAAGAAACGCAACAAAGACGAAGGAGAUGGAAAAGACGAAGACGUACUGCCGGAGGAGGAUGAAAAUGAAGACGAUCUUGUAACAGACGAUGAAAUUCUCAAUGCAUCGAUUACGAUCAGCUCAAAUUCAACGAACGUCUCGACAGGGGAGAAACUUCUCUAGCAUCAGGGGUCGGACGCCGGGAGCGUGGUAAAUCUUGCUUCUGGCGUCUCGGCCGUCAUU